AUGCGAGACCACAGCCGCGAGAUGAAAGAGGACAGGCUAAACAGGGCCAUCGAGGGCUGCUACGUUUACGUUAAUUACCCCAUCAUCCACCGCGAUCCGGCCGUGUAUGGCGAGAAUGCCAACGAAUUUUUUCCGGAGCGCUGGCUGAAUACCAAAGAUGGGGAAGGAGCAAAGGUUCCGGCCGGCUCUUGGAGAGGCUUCGAGAGAGGACGAAGGAACUGCCUUGGUCAGGAGUUGGCCAAUAUCGAGGCUCGCGUCAUCGUCGUCAUGGUUGCUCACCGCUAUGACCUCUCAAAGUCUAGCAGAGGUGAGCUAGAUUUAGAUGAGAUGGACCGCCCUACUUUGAAUGACAAGGGUCAGUGCAAUGUGAAUUCCGAAAUGUACAACGUGAGUUGA